AACAGUAUUGCACAAUUACUGGAAUACCGAUAUUGAUGACUGGGUUGACAAUGGCACACAUCCAGGAGGUCAUAACUGGGAUCCUGCAUCAAGCCUAUCACUGACCAACCCCACAAACUCAACUCCAGCUGUUGUCUGUCGUGAUAACGAAAUCAUAUACGACAUGGCCAUAUACGACGAAGGCACGUCAGCUGUAUUACACCGCCAAUGGUCAAGCUCACAGUCUCGGUGGCUAGGCUGGAACAAUCGUGGCGGAUCAUUCACUGGUAAUCCGGUCUUGUUUUCUCCAUCAGCUGACAGAAUUGACUUCCUUGGAAUUGGGAUGGACUCUGCCAUGUACCAUUUCACGUGGUCUUCCACAUCUGGCUAUACCGAGUUGAAAAACCUCGGAGGCAAUUGGGCAAGUGUACCUUCAAUCGUAGUAUCUGGAGAAGACCGUUUCGAUGCCGUUGCACUUGGGACAGACGGGAAGCUGAAGCAAAGAGCACUGAUUAAUUCGACAUGGCAGGUUUCUUGGCACGAUUUGGGAGCAGACGCGCGGAGCGCACCGUUGGCCGUGAGUUUCGAGUCAACAACGAGUAUUGGAGUGUUCGCUAUAAGCAAAUCAGGAGAGCUUCUUCGAGGAGACUACCGCAUAAGUGCGGAUAGCAGUUGGGAAAUUAUGUCUGAAUUUCGUGGCAUUGGUGGCAACUUGACAGAAACAUGGCUAUAGACCAAUAUAUAGAUAGUCCUUCAAUCAGAAAUAAUACGACAAGAG